CUCAGGAUAGUCAACACAUCAGUCCUCAUAUAUAUAUAAGAUAGUCCGAGGUGCCUGACCUGCUAAACAGCGUCACACACUUCCUACUGAGGAGAGACAGUCCAGUAGUCAGCAUGAACAAACUGGUGAUUGUCAGCAUACUUAUCGCACUCUUCGCCUUGGGUGCCGAGAGCUUCCGUUUGAAAAGAGAGAUUGUGGACGAGGAGGAAAAGGGACCAGUUACCGCUCUGAUAGACAAACUGAAGAACUAUUAUGAUUAUAGUUUGGGUGUUGCUGGUUCAUACGUAGAGACGAUCAAGGAUCUCAAACUGAAUGAGAAAGCCAGGAACCUGUAUGAGGAGACAACAGGAGCUGCCCGCACAUAUGCAGGCAUAUUCCAGGAUCAGCUCUACCACAUGAUCUACUCUUCGGAGAGCGCUUAAACUCUUUAUUCUCUUAGAACUCCUUUUUCAUGAACUCUGGUCCUCAGUCACUCAAAGCUGAAGCUUCUUACCACAACCCUGAAGCAGCUACAAGGCGCACAUAACCAAUAACUUCCUGUGGCACGAAGCAAAGCUGUGUUCCCUCCUGAAGGUCAUCACGCCACAUCAUGUGCAUACAGCACCAUAGCAAUGGUCACAGCAAGGGCUUAAAAUGCUGUAAACAUUUUAUAAACCAAGCCUACUACAUAUGACUACAACAACAGUGGUGAUUUAUUCAGUGUGUGUUAGUAGCUCUCAAGUGCACUUUUGUAUUAAUUGAUCUAGGACCUGUAAUAACUUCUUGUCCUAUAAACAUUUACUGAUGUAUGUCAAACAAUGCAAUGUAAUAAAUAAUGAAAAUAAACCCAAACAUUUGUAGAAAGUA